AUGCCGUCCUGGACCGUCUGGAGCAUGAACUCUGACAGAAGGGCGGAGGUGGGGGCGGAGGAGGGCGAGGUGGCCCACCGCCUGGACGUGCUGCAGCUGAGCGCGCAGCAGAAGGACGCCGUGCUGGCCUCCAUGCGCCUGGCGAGCCACCCCAAGGUCCGCGCCCUGGGGCUGGACGUCGCGAGGGCGAUACGCGGGAACUCCACGGCGGUGCCCUCCACGGAGACGGAGGACAUCAGGCGGCGCAUCGUGGAGCACCUCCGCCCGAGAGCCGCGGAGAUCCGGGAGCUCCGGGACAGCCUGGUGCCGCAAGACCUCGAGGACAUCUGGGGCUCGGGCGGCGAGUGGGACAUGACCCUGGAGCCCGAAAACGUGGCCAUGAUGCUCAUGGUGGAGGGCGAGUUUGCCUUCAUGCCUUACGUGCUCAGCUCCGCUCGCGGCAGGGAGCAGAAGGCCGGCACGAGGGGUGGACGUCCGAGCGAAGGCAAGCACCCUGCCCUUUUGCGAGCCUGCCGAGGUGCACGCGCAUGUUCGGGCACGAGCUGGACGUCCCCGCCUGGGUCACCUCCAUCGCCAUCAACGAGGGCAAGCCGGGGGGCAUCCUCCCCUGCGAGCACGAGGCGGUGCGCGCGGACGCCUCGAAGGCGCUGCUGUGCCCGCUCAAGUUCGGGACCCAGGGCGUGGACGCGCUGCGCGCGGCCCUCACGCUGGACGAGCCGCCGCCCCGCGAGGUCCGCGUCGGCCACCCGCCAGAGCACACGCGGAGCGAGGGCGCGUCGCACGUCGGCCACCCGCCGGAGCACACGAGGACCGAGGAGGAGUCGCACAUCGGCCACCCGCCCGAGCGCACCCGCACCGAGGAUGAGUCGCAUGUGGGCCACCCGCCGGAGCAGACGCGCGUCGUGCACGCUGGCGACCAGCUGCCAGAGUUCGCGUGGGGUGCGAGUGAUGUUCGGGUCGGCCACCCGCCCGAGCACACGCGCACGGAGACCGAGUCCCACGUCGGCCACCCGCCCGAGCACAC